GUCAAGCUAUUAAUGAUAAUUAUCAUGCAUUUAAUUCUACUAAUUUAGUUGAGCUUCUUACUUUUUCACGAGCUCAAUUUAAUGAUUUAGCUGAUGUUCUUAUUUCUAAUUUUCAAAAAAAUCUUUUGGCUAAUGAAAAACGAACUGCAAAAGUAACAUCAUUAAUGAUAGCACAGAAUCGAUUAUUGUCAGCUUUACGUACAAAUUAUUAUACGCAUUCGGUACCUGGUUCACAAUCAUACAAAACAUACAAUGCACUUUAUUUGGAACGAAAUGGAUCAUUUUGCGACUGUAGAUCAAGAAACAAUCAAUGCACAUAUCCAGCCGGUGCUUUUUAUAAUUGGACGUUACCAGAAUUAGGAAAACCAGCUAAAAAUAAUCCACCACCUCAAUUUCAGAAGAAGAAAAAAUUUAUUCAAAGUUUUAUAGUAAAACGUUGA